AUGGUUAAGGAUCUACACCUAGGCCCCUGGUUCAUCUCUGGAAGUUUCCUAUCCGUACGUAAAUGGGAACCAAAGUUUGUUCCUCAAGAAGCCACUCUUACUUCUAAUGCCAUAUGGAUCCGGCUACCCCAAUUACCAACAGAGUUCUACGACCAGGAUAUCCUGGAGAAAGUUGGUAGGAAGCUGGGCAAACUUCUCAAGAUAGAUCAUUGUACAUCCUCUACCCUAAGGGGAAGAUGUGCCCGUAUUUGUAUUCAAGUUCCACUGGAAACCCCAGUAGAAACAUCGGUAAUAAUAGGUGACCAUAAGCAAGCUGUGAUCUAUGAAGGAGAGGGGACUCUAUGCACCGUUUGUGGCAGAAUAGGGCACACCGCACAAAUUUGCAACUACAGGGCACCCACACCCAAAGCAACCCACGAACCACAGGAUGAUCAUCAAAAGACAGCAGUCAUUUCGGAGGAAAGUGAGUGGGAAACUGUCACCUUCCCAAGAAGACGCAAGCAGGGACAAGCAAAAUCAACAAUCAAGAAUGAUGGUAGAAUGAAUAGACCACAACAUACUCCACAGGCGGAAGAGAUACAGGUAAACGUGUUUGAUGCCAAUUCAGGGACUCUCCUACAAUUUCACCCUGGCCAGUCAGAAGGUGACCCUAAUAGUGCAAAACCCAGCCCACCUAGCCAGAGUCACGGUAGAAGCACUGACCAAAGCGUUGGCAGCUUUUGGACCUCUCCUAUGGCAAUCGAUGGUCAACAGCAACAACAGCUUCCCAUUAACGGACCCUCAAGCUCUCAACAAUCACAUUCUGCAGAGCUUCCAAACCCUACCCUUCUUCCUGGAUCUGAUGAAAGAGGACCCAGCAGCGGAGCCGUUCUUCAUCAUGAUCGACCAGCCAACCCAAAACAACCCAUCAUCUUCUUCUCCAAAGGGGAAGAGCAACUCCCCACCUCUUCAGAAUAUCCAGAAAGGAAUCUCCAAAGCACUGGAGAUCCUCAAGAAGAAGAAUGCCUCAGAAGAACAGGAAAUGCCUUAUGCUGCACCAAGAACGGACUCACUUCUCCUAGACUCAGUGAGAUCGAUAGAGUUCAGCACGAAAACUAG